ACGAAAUAUUCAAUAAUGGUUAAUGGACAUUACAUAAUGUAUGGGGAUAGACCGUCCUCGGAGUCCGAAAUAGUGGAAGACCACGUGCAGACGCGCACUGCGGAGCGCAAAACCCGGCGCAAGGCGCACAGGACCGCCAACGAGCUGCAGCCGAGUCUGGCGCAGCUCGACAACGAAACCGACUCCGUCAAAUAUGAGAAGAAAGAGAAAAAAAGUAAGGAGCCGAGGAUGCUUCGCUAUGUGCCCAAUACGGAAGUAGAGGAGCAUCAAGUCAGCGAUAAUUACGAGACAUACGACUUGAAGACGACGGACACGAAGCCGAGACGGUACGCGUUCAAGAAAAAACCGAAGAAUCCGGCAGAUGGUUCUGUUAACUAUGCUUAUUCAAGAUCUAGCAGCAGCUGCUCGUCACCUAACGGCAACCUACCCACCAUCGCGGAGCAUGGGGAGGCGCUUUCGACGCGACAUACGGCGCCGCCGAGCCCCACUGUCAGCGAGAUAAUUAAUGGCUACGAAAACAAAUUGGACAAGUACUUCAACAAACCGAGAGAAUCGAAGAAGUACCGUUCUAAGGGCUCGCACCCCGACAGUCUUUACCGGGUGCCGCUCGGCGCAGGCGCGGACGGCGGCAAAAUGGCGCGCCUGCUGCGGGUUAUGCGCUGGCCGGUCGCGCUCAUCGUCGUGUGCGUGGCACUGGCCAUCUUCGUGUACUUCCUCAUGCCUGAUAACUUCCAGACGGGACCAGAGAUGAUAAACGCGACGUACUGGGAGUCUACCGUGGCGGUGGCCGACACACACCGCGCCCACGAUCAUACAUAUAAGCCACCGGAGCCUAGGAAAAUAAACACCAAAGGGAUGGGUGACACGAAAACGCCGGAAAUAGAUUUUUACGAUGCAGACCACAAUAAAAAUGAAGAAUUGCAGGCUGUGAUCAGUGUAAUUACUGAUAAGCAAAUGAAACUGCCCAUUCCUCCGGUGUUCCCAACCCACCUGACACCAGAGGUACAAUAUGGAAACGAAAAUGCCGACACCGAGAAUUUGAGAUCAUCAAAAGUAUUACAUAAAAUAAUAAAUCAGCUGCCCGCCGACUCCACGCUGAAACCUCACAUCACACAGAAACCAGAGAAACCUUUAGCCAUUUACUUCAAAGAUGGCGAAGGUGUUACCACCACCACUACAACCACCACCACUAGCACCGAGGACGCUAGCCAAGCCUUGGUCAACAAUCUGUACACAAUUCACAAUGACAAAAUAACUCCUCAAAAAGAAGAUGACCUCGCGUACAAAUCUGUACUCGGUCUGUUACCUUGGCCUGUUAAGGCUGCCAAUUUAAGACCUGUCCUGCCACCUGAAAUGCAAGAAUUCUACAUCCAAGGCCCGGCGAAAACGAACUUCACUUCGGGUCAUUCAAAACUCUUUGGAAUCGGAAUUGAAGAUGCUGAAAAAAUGCAAUCUACCACGCAGAGCUCUGUCUAUAACACAAGGGUGUCGCCGACGCUGCCUACGUGGCGUGAUAGGGAUGACAUGACCACUAAAAACUACCCAAUAAGUGUCAAUCCUGAUGUAUCUCAGUGUCGCUCGACGAGUCUGCCGCUGUGCCGAGGCGUACUACCCUACGACUUGGCAGGCAAGCCGGCAUCCUUCGGUGGUAUCUCAGUCAGCACGCUGCUGCCUCAGAUCACGUUCGUGGCCGCCACUAAUUGCAGCGUCCGCUUCAAGACCUUCGCCUGCGCCUUGUUGGAGCCCGAGUGCAGCCCAGCGCCUUAUGCCCCCAAAUUGCCUUGCUAUAAUUUAUGCAAAGCUGUGUUGGCCGGAUGUGAAAGUGACAUUCCUCACGAGCUUCGCACAAUUUUAAACUGCAAGCAGUACUCGAGCGCCAACUGCGUGGCUGCGCGGGCGCCGUGCGAGCGGCAGGAGAUGCCCUGCAGCGACGGCACUUGCAUACCGAGGGACUGGAUAUGUGACGGGGCCCAUGAUUGCCCUGCCGGCGAGGAUGAGAACAUUUGCGGCACAUGCCAGCCGCAUGAGUUUCGCUGCGAAUCAGGCACGUGCAUCCACUCGCGCUGGAAGUGCGACGGGUACUCCGACUGUCCCGACGGCGACGACGAGAGCGAGUCGUUGUGCGGCGGCGUGCAGGAGGACCUGGGCGAGGAGCCCGCCGGCUCCGCGCCCCAGCCCGCCGUGCACCGCCCCAACAGAGUGCCGCCGCCGAAAAAGGUCCAUCGGUCGGGAGACGACAGUAGCAAGGAACUGCUCAUGACCAGUGACAGCACCAACGCCCUCAAAAGAAACUUCACCCGACGACCAUCGUUAUCUCGACUGACACCAUACACUCCCGCCAUGCUCCAGGCCACAAAAUCUAAGAAAACUGAAUCUGAUGACGAUGCCUCGAAAAAGUCCAACAAAAACAAACACGAAACUGAAGAAGAAAGUGAAGAUUUACAAGCAGAUGAUCUUGUCCUCGAAGACACAAAAAUACUUACAGAAUCGCAAGAAAAACACAAAAGAGCUGAAGACAGCCCGAGAAAUCAGACCAAUGUACCAACCACGCCAACCAACCAACCGACCAGAACCAACCAACCUGACCAGAUGUUGACUAAAGUAAAUCCAUUCCAAGGAAGAGCGCCGAUGCCACGUCCCAAAUCAGCAAAGGUUCGAAAUCCCGCGAUUUUGGCGUAUCCCGCGGAACCGACCAGACUGGACCAGUCGAUCAACAAGCUAGAGCGAGUGAUCAAUGGGGCAGAGCUGAUGAGGAUGCUUUCACAGAAAGCCCAACGGCCCGCCCCCGCGACCGAGUCUGGGGAGUCGCAGGAGAGCACGACGGCCGACCGGCCCGACAAGGCCGACACGUCGGGCCGCGCCACCGCGCACGCGUCGCCGUGCCCCGACAGCGAGUUGCGCUGCGUCGACGGCCGCUGCAUCACGCUCGCGCAGCUCUGCGACGGCAACAUCGACUGCAGCGACCACGCCGACGAGGACAACUGUUACACGUGAAACUGUUUUAUUCGGGGUCCCUUUGUUUCCCAUAAAGUUUAAGUCAUAAUGUAUUGUUUGUCAUGAUAUCGUUAGUCAUAAAACUGAAACCGUUAACUUUUCACGAUUUUCGUAAGGUUAUUCUAUAGAUAGGUUAGUUUUAUGGCAAUCCUGAAAAGUUACGCGUUUCUGAGAAAAAUCAUUUAUGAUUAACGAAAAUUAGGACAAACAAUACAUUAUGACUUAAAACUAUUUGGGAAACAGUAGAGACCUGUUUUAUUCACUUUUGAAGGGUGUAUGGUUCUGACUUAUGAGAUAUUGGUAAUUUAUUUUUAAUGAUUUGUCUCAAAGUGAUUAUGGAAACUCAGAUUCUGAUUUAAACCCAGUUACGUGGACAAACUUAUGCUAGCAAUUUACUUUGUCGUAUUUGCCUAAAUACGCCGCUGCGUCGUUUGUUUUGUUACUCUAGCCACGAAUAAUGGCAAAUAAGGAAAUGUUGCCAACUGUAGAUUAAAGAUUAAACCUUUAUCUAAAAAGGGUUCUUAGAUGACCAUUAGCGAUAUGAGCUUUUAUGCAAUUACUUAGUACGUAUUCAUCAGUUAAAAUUAGUACUGAUAUAAAUACCUAUGCUAUGUUUACUCAGUGGUCAAGAUCUUACCUAUAGAGAAACACUUUCAGUUACUUCUAUAUUAAAUACUAAAACUAUAGCAACACUUUUCUCAUUACGUACAGCAAAAAUAGACACACAAAAUGUAGAGUUUAUCUUCGGUAUCUGUACAUUGCACUCACAACAAGUUUAACCACGAGAUCUGAUUAGAUUUAAGAUUUGUACGAAUUGUAAGUUGACGUGGUCAUUCCGUCCAUAACCGUCCAUUAGAAUAUGUAAAGGUUUAAUUUCUGUACAUAUUUAAGUGCCGGCGGUACCGAUAUGUAGUUAUUAUACGCUGUGAUAAAAUACAUGGAAGAUGAAAACGUUAUAAAUGGAAAUGUUAAUAAUAAGUUCAAAAUCGUCUAUGUAGGUUAAGGUUUAUUUCCAAAUAGCAUUAAGUUUUCCUGAAUCUCAAAUGUAUCUUGUGCCUUAUUUUCCUCUUGAAGUUACCUUUAUUGCAUUGUUAUGGCACUGAUUAUUCGUUUAUAUUGACUGACUGUCAGUGGUUUCGCAAUGAGCAUUUGUAAAUACAUUAAUUUAUGUAAAUUAAGUUACUAACUCUAACACUAUUUAUAAUAUACACUUACGUUUUAGGACUAAUUUCCAUGAACUUAUUUGCCGAACACGUCUAUACCUACUCAUACAAGAGGAAAUUCAACCAAAACAAGAGUAGGUACGUGCAAAUACCUAUAUAUCCAUUUAUUAUUAUGUCCGUGCAAAUAGACUUUAGUGUAACAUCUAGAUUCGUAAUUUGGUAUGUCGGUAAGAAAAUCCAAAGUAAUGUCAUAAUAUAUCUACAAAUUGUAUCAAACAUACUCGAGUUUACUUUAAAUUUAUUGAAACUCUAGUAGAUAAAAUAAUUGUUUAUGCUCGGUUAUAUUAUACGCAAUUUACCAACAAUUCUUAGUUAAGUUACCUCUCUUUAUUUGUACCUAGAAUAUAAGUUUUUGUACGACAAUAAAUCAUUAUGCCAUGUUGUA